GCAGCCAAAUUCACUCGUUGCGGCCAUUCGAGAAGAACUCCUGUCUCUUUCACACCAAGAUGCAGCCUACAGAGAUCAUCGCCAUUUUGGCCGGAACGUACCAGCUCCUUAACACAUCAGCUACGCGCGACGGAGUGCCAGUAGAGGACAGGACGUACGGCUCCAACCCGGUCGGCAUUCUUUCCUACAGCAAGUCCGGCUACAUGUCGGCCACGAUCACAUCGACGGAUCCCGAGCACCGACCCGCGAACUUGACAUUUCCCUUCCAAGACGGCCAGUCCGACGCCGACUGGGCCCAGAUCGGCAAGCACAGCAUCGGAUAUGCCGGGCCGUUCUCGCUCACCGACGCCAUCGAGGCCACUGCCACCUCCGGCCAGCUCGUCCACGGCCCCUUGACCGUUGCAAACGUUCCCACCAUGGUGGGAGUCAGGCAAGUGCGCAACUACACGACCUUUGAAAAUGGGAACCUGCUCCGCAUCUCCUCCCAGAGAGACGGCAGCAACAGAGGCGAGCUUUGGUGGAAGCGGUUGGAUUGAGUUGUCACACAUAAAGAGAGAUAUCUUCCCUGGGGGAAGGCACUGCCAAUGGCAGCAGAAGUCAGAGCAUUCCCAAAUGUAUUUACGAUGAGACAAAGAGCGGAACACGCGUUACCUUGGAUAUAUACUAGAGGUUCGGAUA